UAUAAAAAUGCCUAGUGAUGACAGUUGACUAUUGCAGUUGAUAACAAAAUGUGGAAAAAGAUUGUAGUGCUCUUAGCCAUUUGGGCAUUUUUAGUGGGAACUGUUAUGAGUUUUCCCCAACAACAAGGUGGCAAUUCCUGGCCUCCACCACCUCCCAAUGGGGCCAGACCUAGUGGUCCACCACCAAAUGGUCCUCCUCCCAGCGGCAUGCCACCUAGAGGACCUCCUCCAAAUGGCGCUCCACCACCUUCUACCACAGCUGCUACCUCGACCAGUUAAACACAUCCGGCUUAAUACCUCUCACUUGCUAUUGAAAUGUCCAGGAAAUAAAUUCAUGUUACCUACCUAUGGAUUAUGUUGCCUUUUCCCCCACUCUACCAAAUCGUCCUUUAAUAUAUCCUUGAAUCAAGUGUGGUAAUGUUUGUAUAUGUUUAGCAUUUGUUUUCGUUUUUUUGUUUAGUUUAGUUUGUCGUCUAAAUACAAAAAUGAUAUAACCAAACUAA